CCAAGCCCUCUGCCCCCGUGGUAUCGGGCCCUGCAGUGAGGGCCACACCUCAUCACACGGUGACCUUCACCUGCGAGUCUCACGGCUUCUCCCCCCGGAACAUCACCCUGAAAUGGUUCAAAAAUGGGAAUGCACUCUCCGACGUCAAGACCAGCGUGAAGCCCGCAGAAAAAAGUGUCUCCUACAGCAUCAACAGCACAGCCAGGGUGGUGCUGGCCCCCGGGGACGUCCACUCUCAGGUCAUCUGCGAGGUGGCUCACGUCACCUUGCAGGGGAGCCGGCUUCGUGGGACUGCCAACUUGUCUGAGGCCAUCCGAGUUCCGCCCACCGUGGAGGUUACCCAGCAGCCCGUGAGAGCCGGGAACCAGGUGAACGUCACCUGCCUGGUGAAGAAGUUCUACCCUCGCAGCCUCCAACUGACAUGGUUGGAGAAUGGAAACGUGUCCCGGACAGAAACAGCCUCAACCCUCGCAGAGAACAAGGAUGGCACCUACAACUGGACCAGCUGGCUCCUGGUCAACUCAUCCACCCACAGGGAUGAUGUGGUGCUCACCUGCCAGGUGGAGCAUGACGGGCAGCCAGCGAUCAGCAGCAGCCAUGCCCUGGAGGUCUCAGCCCACCAGAGGGAGCCGGGCACAGAGGCUACCCCUGGCAACAAUGGAAACACUUGGAGCAUCUAUGUUGUGGUGGGCGUGGUAUGCGCCUUGCUGGUGGCCCUGCUGAUGGCAGUCCUCUACCUCCUCCGUGUCAGACAGAAGAAAGCCAAGGGUUCCACUUCUUCUACAAGGCUGCAUGAGCCAGAGAAGAACGCCAGAGAAGUAGCCCAGGUCCAGGACACAAACGACAUCACGUAUGCAGACCUGAACUUGCCCAAGGGGAAGAAGCCCGCCCCCCGGGCCGCGGAGCCCAACAGCCACACGGAAUACGCCAGCAUCCAGACCGGCCCCCCACCCGCGCAGGAGGACACCCUCACCUAUGCCGACCUAGACAUGGUCCACCUCAACCGGACCCCCAAGCAGCCGGCCCCCAAGCCCGAGCCGUCCUUCUCUGAGUAUGCCAGCGUCCAGGUCCAGAGGAAGUGAACCAUACCGCGAUGGUCUCGAGGGCUCGUCUCACACGCUUUCUUGUCCCACAGGGAGCAGCCGCGAUGUGGACAGCCAGCCCCGUUCCCGGAGGGCUAGGGGUGGGGGGUCACAGGCUCUGGGACCCAGCGGUGGGGGGGUUCUCGUCUGCCCACCCCCCUUGGCUCUCUAGCACUCCCAGGGCUGCCACGGCUCCCCACGUUGCCACGCUUCCAGAGGCUAAUGUUGCCAGACCAGCCAGGGAAGCCACCUGGGACCUGGCCGGAGCCACCUGGGGUCCAAGAACUCUUGUGCCUCUGUCUGUCACCGCCUGGGUCGUGGAGACCCUUGGCUGCCUCCCCAGUGCUCCGAAGCCUGAUCUUCCGGGGUGAGGCGGAACAAGUCCCGCCCCCUCCCGCCACCAUCACCACCCAACCGGGGCUUUGGGGGGAAUGCUCCCUGUAGCUCGAACUGCCCCAUCUAUGGAGAAGCUGGAAAACCACUCUGGAACCCGCAUCCAGACUUGGCGAGGUGGGGGCCGACGGUCCUGGCCUCCCCCAGCCUGGGCGGAAGAGCCUCGAAGCCCUGGAGGAGGAGGGGACCCUCCGAGGAACACCCCCAAAGGACCUGGAGACAAAGCCCUCCACUUCCUCAGGUCCCUCCGCCACUCCCUGGAGCCUGACUGUGACGCCCCACCCGGACCCACCUCUCCCGCUUAGACCCAAGCUUGCCCCUCCAGCUAGCACUAAGCACCAUCUCGCCGUGGACGCCUGUAAAUUAUUGAGAAAUGUGAAACGUGCAAUCUUGAAACUGAGGUGUUAGAAAACUUGAUCUGUGGUGUUUUGUUCAGUUUUUUUUUUCUUUAAACAACAGCAGCGUUAUCUUGGCUCUCUGUCACGUGUUGAAGUACUAGUUGGGUCUUGUGAAGUCUGAGGUUUAACGGUUUGUUGUCCUGGAGGGAUUUUCUUACAGCAGAGACUGAUUCCUGCACGUCCCAGAGCCCUGAGGAUGGGCAAGAAGGAUCAGCCCGGCUGCCCCCCGGAGACACUUAGCCUUCUCGCAGGGACUGAUGUGGCCGCGUCUCAGCCAGGCCGUAUGUCUGGUACUGCUGCCUCCGUGACCCCACUGUGGUAAGUCCCACCUGCCCGGGGCUUCUCGGGGCUGCCUCCUGGCGGUGCAGCCUUGUCGAGACCUAAUGCCUCAGUCUGCUUUCCCAUAAAACGGGGAGAGUGAAAAUGACACCCCUCCCUGCCACGUCUCACAAGCACUUUAGGGACUCUCAAGUGUAGGGCCUCUGAGCCUGGCCGUCCGCCCACUCCUUUAGCAGCUGCCCCUGUCCCAGCUUCCUGAGCUGAUCCUUGAAGGAGGACUCUUCCAUUUCUGCUCUCAGACCCUAUUGGGAUAAAACUAGAAUAAGUCGAAGACUGCCAACAGGAUGGUGGCACAGCUAUGAAGCCAGGGCUGACCAACUGUCUGUCCCUCUGUCCCAGGAGGGUGGGCAGAUGCUGUGACCCAGCCACUCUUUGACUCCCCCCACCCUUCCAGUCAGGCGCAAGGCUGGUGUGGCAAGCCCAGUUGAUUUGAUCUUUGAGAGCUGAGAUGCUGAUAUCCAUGACCCCUGGCCACAGUGCCCAUGGGAUGCCUGACUCAGGCUGUGCUAGUGAGAGGCUGAACCAUCCUGCCCAUUCCUGGAAAUCCUGGGAGGCGGGGACUUGGUGUUUUACAUGAUGACAUGUAGGAAUGAGCUGAGCCAGCAGCUCCAAUGGACAGCUGUAGCCCCACGCGCCAGCGCUCCCGCGUGGCAUCUGAAGGCCAUAGCGGCCCGGCCACCUGGUGUGGGCUCGUUCCAAAUUCCAAAAGGUUGGCUUGUGAACCUUCAUCUUCCGCUCUUCCACCCAGAGACAGCACACACGUGUACACACACACACAGAAACACACACGGGGCAUGCUCACAUACGGACACACAUGCAGAGUUUUAAAAGAAUGUUUUCUUGGUGCCAUUUUGAUUUUAUUUUACUUUAAGCCUUGGAGGGGGAAUAAGGGAAUGAGGCCAAGGAAGAUGCAUAGCUUUAGCUUCAGCCUGGCACCCUGGAGCUUCUGCAUACCUUGUGUAUCGAACCCCAGGAAAAGGAAGAGGUCGAGCCAACUCUGCGGAAAGAGCGUGGUUUUAGUUGUUUAUUUUAAGACUGCUGGGAAGAAAACAGGCCCCGUUUUGUAUAUAGUUGCAACUUAAACUUUUUGGCUUGCAAAAUAUUUUUGUAAUAAAGAUUUCUGGGUAAUAAUGAC